AACUGUAAAUUUGAAUGAUAAAAAAUAUGUAAUGCUCUUACCUGAUCCUGAAAGUAACAAAAGUGUUGAAAGACAAAAUCGGACCCGAGAGGAAAGUAAAAUAGUAGUGGAUAAAUAUAUGAGGGACCAGAGAUCCAGUGUCGAUCACCCUGUGAAAAAAGUAUACGCAACAACUUCCAUACAGCGGCUUACAGCUUCUAAAACAACUCAGGACGAUGGAGUUAUAAUAUCGAAUGUAGACGCUCGUGUUGUUAACGAACAAGAUAAACCUGAAGUUUCGGAAGUUAAUCGCAAACUGUCCAGUAUACAGAAGAUUUAUCAAGCAGACUCUGUGAUUAUAACGAAAAACAAACUAGUCGCUCAUAGAUCUGUAGAUAACUCUACACAGACUGAAUGGUGUACAAUGUUGCUUGAAGCAAGACGAGACGAGGACGGAAGAUAUUCUUUCUACUUGCCUCCUUUAAGUGUGGUGAAAUAUUAUGGUCUGUAGCUAAAAUUAA